UACACGUGUGUCGUCGACAAAGAAGAUGAUAGUUAACGCGAGAGUGCUUGCAUCGGUCGCACUGGUAACCUACGGCGUGUGCGCUCAUACUGCCGACAUUCGAGAUUCUUACAAAAGAACUAACGAUAAAAAUUAUGCCGGAUCCAUGUUGGCUGAUAUCGCAAAGGAAUUCAUACAAAGAUCAACGACCAGUAGUCAGGUGCUGAAUUUAAAUCUCUCGAACUUGCUGCUACUUUUGGUGCUUAAAGCGGUUGUGUUUGGUGCCGGCUAUAUAGGACAUCAUGGUUACAAGGGACGUGAAUUAGAGGAUGAAAAUAUCGUGUCGGAAGGUGAACUUGCAUUAGCGCUUGGAUAUCUGAUUGGUGACACCUGUUUGUACAGAGCAGCUUGCGAAGAGCCACACAUUGCGAGAGAGUAUCUCGGCGCGGCAGAAAUGCUCUUGCAAACAAUGAAGUUGAUACCACAGAGCUUACCUGCAGAGCUCAGCUAUGAGAAGACAAUGGAAGAGUUUCGGAAGGCGAUUGAAUACGGCACUAUCGAGCAUUGUCCUCCGGAGUACAGCUGCAAGAAAGAGAAUAUAAAUAAUUUCUUGCAAAGCGAAAAACGAUAAGGCAAAUGUCGUAUUUAUCAAACAUUUCGUAAUUCUGUUUUAUUUUCUUAGGUUAACCUAUAAAAA